AUUGCUGUCAUUCUAGUAUUUAAAGUGCGAGUGAUUUCAACGCUGGCUUUACUUUACCCGCAAUUUUUCGAUUUUGUUGCAAUUUAGUGAUCGUUAUUUAACAUUUUAACUGCUUUAAAACGGGUUAAUCAAUCAUCGAAUUACUGAAAGAUGUCCCGUUUAGAUCUGGUGAUAUUUGGGGCUACAGGGUUCACUGGCAAAUAUGCUGUGAUGGAAUGUGCUAGAAUUGCCAAGAAGGAGCCCGGCCUCACCUGGGGUAUUGCAGGACGGUCACAAUCAAAGCUGAAUUCUGUACUUGAGGAAGCAUCUAAAAAGACCGGCGAGGAGCUGUCAUCAAUCCCGGUGCUGAUAGCGGAUGUUGGUGACGAGGAGUCGUUGUUUUCGAUGUGUCAGCGUGCGAAGGUGCUGGUCAACUGCUGCGGCCCGUAUCGGCUGUACGGCGAGCCUGUAGUGGCGGCUGCGGUGCGGGCGAAGACACACUAUGUCGAUAUCAGCGGGGAACCACAGUUCAUAGAGACGAUACAGCUGAGGUAUGACUCGCCUGCGCGCGAGGCGGGCGUGUACAUCAUCAGCGCGUGCGGCUUCGACAGCAUCCCCAACGACCUCGGCGUGGUCUUCCUCGAGCAGAACUUUGAAGGUACUUUGAACUCUGUGGAGUCGUACAUAACCACGCGAGUGGCAGACGAGCAGAGGGCACUGGCUCGCCAGCACGGUGUCAUACAUCGCGGCACUUGGGAGUCUGUAGUAUACGGCGUAACUCACCGCAACGAGCUGCCCGCCUUGCGCAACAAGUUGUACCCCGCCAGACUGCCCGCCUUCAACCCCACACUAGGGAAACGGUCGAUACACAAGAAGUGGGGAGGCUGGUGCAUCCCCUUCCCUGGAGCUGACUCCUCCAUAGUGUACAGGACACAGCGGGAACUGUACGCGAAGACAAACAAGCGACCUGUUCAGUUCCGUGUGUACUUCCAGUUCCCUGACUUCCUCACCCUGGUCGGUGUGCUCUUUGUGGGGUUUGUCCUGGUGGUGUUCAGUUUGACGAAGGUCACCAGGAACUGGUUGAUACAGCAUCCGAAGUUUUUCUCUUUCGGUACUGUGACAGAUGAUGUGAAGGAGGAGGUGAUGGAUAAUACGCACUUCCAAAUAUUGUUGUAUGGAGAGGGUUGGGAGAAAGACACAGAUGAAACUAAGCCAACUAAUAAAAAGAUGGUCGCUAAGGUGUCGGGAACGAACCCUGGGUACGGCGCUACUGUGGUGGCAUUGCUGCAAUCCGCACUCACAGUGCUGCAACACACAGACAAAAUGCCCCCUCCCGGCGGCGUGUUGACAACUGGCGUCGCCUUCAGAAAUACUGACCUCAUACAGCGACUGCAUCACAACGGACUUACCUUUGAAAUUGUACAGAAAUAA